AUGAAAGAAGACACAAGAUGGAUUAUUGGAAAUGGUGAUAAUAUCUCAGUCUGGUUUGAUAUUUGGAUAGAAGAUGAAGCAAUAUUUGAUAGAUUUAGACAUCAUAGAUAUGUUACUGAGAAUAAAAACUUGAAGGUUUCAAAUAUCUUGUCAUAUGGGAUGUGGUCUUAUAAUAAUGCUCUUCAUCGGAUCUUUCAUAAUAUUCAAAUGCCUGAAGUUCUUGGAGGAGAGGAUAAAAUGGUGUGGACAAUAAAUCUGAAAGGAGAAUUCUCUAUCUCAGAGGCAGUUAAUAAAAUGAGCCACAAGGAACAGCCAGUAAAUUGGUCAAAGUACUUAUGGUCACAGUAUCUUCAUCCUUCUGUUGCUAGUAAUGUGUGGAAAUUUAUAAAAGGAAUAUAUAUUGAUGAUAAGUGCAUGAUAGAGAAUGGGUAUGAAAUUGUUUCAAGAUGUUGCAUUUGUGAAACUGAACAAGAUAGUAUGAAUUACUUACUCUGGGAGUGUAGUUUCAGUGAGAAGAACAAAAGAUCUUUUGAUGAAAUUAAGACAAGUAUGCAAAGUUUCAAGGGAAGAAUCAUGAAAUUAGUGAAUGAGUGUGGAUUAAGAAUUACAGGUACCAAGUGGAAUCAGAACUAUGAUAAAAAAAUCAUUGAAAAAUUUCAAUUGGGAUUCAGUCAUUCCAGGUUUCAGUACAUUAAAACAUGUUAUUGGUCUCCACCUGAACAAGACUUUGUGAUGUUCUGUUGUGAUGGAUCAUCAUUUGGUAAUCCUGGCUCUGCUGGAUUUGGUGUUGUUGUCAUAGAUUCAAAUUGUCAGGUGUUAGGUGCCCUCUCUGGAGGUAUUGGUGUUAGGUGA